GACUCAAACAAAGAAACCCGACAUAAUUACAAGGAAAUAUAACAAGUAAACUAUACAAAAGCAAAUGUUAGAAACAUUUUUCUCAACUCCCCCAUGGGAACAACACCAACAUGAACAGAGAGAACAGAGCAAGAUAUAGAAAAUGAAAUACAGAGGAAUACCGCGCGCCAACUAAUGUAAACUACUACUACAGCUGUUCUUCAGUGAGUUCAGACUUCUCCCUUUCUUCUUCUUCUUCUUCUUCUUUCGUUUUUUAAUAAGUUUUUUUAUUCAUACCAAUAGAAUAAAUAAAUGAAGAAAGGUUGUAUUAAAAAAGUGGUGGAAAACUUCUCGUUGAAUUUCAAUGGCGUUCCCAUCAUUUAAGACUCCCUCUCCCUUCAUUUACACCACCUGGGUUUCCUCUCUCUCUCUCUCUCUCUGCUUCCCAUGUUUCAAUAAUGUCCCCAGAUUAACAUGCUCGCUGUCUCCUCCCAAACUUCACUGGUACAACAAUCUCACCAAUUCAUAAAAGUUUCAAAUCUUUACCCCAUCUCCAUGGAUCCUCCUCCUAUGCCACCGCCUCCUGCCCCACUGCUACAUUCCUCCGACACCAGCUUCCCCAUCAUAGCCGUGGCCGUCAUCGGCAUAAUCGCCACAGCGUUCCUACUGGUCAGCUACUACGUCUUCGUCAUCAAAUGCUGCCUCAAUUGGCACCGAAUCGACAUCCUCAGAAGAUUCUCACUGUCGAGAGGCAGAGCCCACGAGGAGGCAUUGAUGGCUGCUCGCUCCCCUUCAGUAGUGGAGCCCAGGGGGCUCGAGGAAUCGGUCAUAAGGUCGAUCCCUGUUUUCAAGUACACCAAAACAGAGCAUCAGGAAAAACAGGGGAAAUCGCCAUGUUCCGUCGAAUGCGCCGUCUGUCUCAACGAGUUCGUCGAAGAAGAGAAGCUGCGAAAAAUCCCCCAUUGCGGACACUUAUUCCACAUCGAUUGCAUCGACGUCUGGCUGCAGAGCAACGCCAACUGCCCGCUCUGCAGGACCAGCAUUUCCUCCUCCUCUUCAGCAACAGGGAUCGGGUUGUUGCUGCUGCCCAUGGGUCAGGUUUUCGGGUCUUCGUCCGAUCCCAGCCCGACUCCGUACCCGGAAAGGAUCGAGAUCGGCGGGGACGAAGAUUACGUGGUGAUCGAAUUGGGAAAUUACGUCACGAACAGCCGGCAGAGCUCCACGGACAGGACGCUGCGAGCGGCGCAGGAAAGGCUAAUGAAUUCAGGGGAACUUCUGCCGACGCCGCGGACAUUCGAAUUCGGCGCUGCCGUGGACGAGAAGAAGGGGAGGAAGGUGGGCAGGAAAGUGAUGACGAGUAAAGGAGAUGAAUGUAUCGAUCUCACGAGAGGGAAAGAGGACAGGUUCGGGAUUCAGCCGAUUCGGCGGUCGUUUUCUAUGGAUUCCUCAGCGGAUUGCCAGCUGUUGUUAAAAAUUCAAGAGAUUGUUCAGCAGCAGAGUAGUAGUGUUAGUAAGGAUAGGCAGAACGCUGAAGUGGGUAUUCCAGUUGAAGGGUGUAGUGGUGGAAGUAGCAGGAGCAGAAGGAAUUUCUUUUCGUUUGGACAUAACAGAGCAUCGAAAAAUGCAGUCUUGCCUGUAUCUCUGGAGUAAUUUUCUUCUUCUUUCUUUUUAGUUUACUUGAUCAUGUAUGAUUUCAUAGAUACAGAAAGAGAGUAGAUUCUGGGAUUGGGAUAUAUAAGAUUUAAGAUUAGACAUCAUUUAAUCAUGAAAACACCCCCAAAAUUGCUUCUUUUCCUUAUUUGAUGAUUCUCUUUGGAUUCGUUCUCAAACGGGCUGUUGAAUCUGACUUUUUGUUUGUCAUAAACCCACAUGAUUGCG